CCGCAGACGUAUAAAUUUUUAGAAGCAAGUGGCAUGAAAAGAAAAAAACUUUCUGCCUGUACCUUUACUCAGUGUCAAUAAAACAACUAUCCUCUUCAGAUUGGAUUAAACUACAUACGAGAUGUUACAACAUUUCAUGCUAUACUUUUACCAGUGGAGUAUCAAAGUUUAUCAAAAAAAAAUAAUAAUUCAAGAAAAUUUGUGAUUUAAUUUUAAGAAAUGUCGUUUAAAAAUCUGAUAUCAUGUCGUGAUGUUUUAUGGUGGAUGGUUUUCUCAGGAAUAGCUGUUAAUUUUAUGCUUAGAGUGAACUUAAAUCUUGUAAUAGUUGCUAUUGUACCACCACCAGAAAAUUCACCAAUUAUAUCACAAUGCAAUCAAAUAGAUAAUACAAAAAUUAACAAUGUAACGUUAUUAGACAAUAGAACAUUAUCAACAUUUGGCAAUUACCAAUUGAAUAGCAGCCGAAUGGUAAAUGAUCAAUUAUUUCGCUGGAAUGAGUAUGAACAAGGUUUAGCAACAGGUGCUUAUUACUGGAUUCAUUGGCUUAGUGAAAUUCCUGGUGGUAUUUUAGCACGAAAGUAUGGAACAAAAGUUGUCUUUGGAAUUGGCAAUUUGAUGGCUGCAUUGUUGGGAUUUUUUUUACCGCUUGCUAUGAAUCAUCAUUUAUACAGUCUAAUUUUCAUUCGGGUUAUCCAAGGAUUAGUUGCAGGAGUCGCAUAUCCAGCGACUCAUGAUAUGACAGCUAAGUGGAUUCCACAAAAUGAGAGAAGUAAAUUUGUCAGUGCAUACAUGGGUGGAGGUGUUGGAAUAGGAUUGACAUAUCCAUUGUGUGGAUUUAUCAUUGAAAAUGUUAAUUGGGAAAUUGUAUUUUAUUGUACUUCUUGCUUUGGAAUUAUUUGGUAUAUAUUAUGGCUGUUUCUCGUCUAUGAUACGCCUCAACAACAUCCUCGUAUUUCUGAGAAAGAAAAAAACUACAUCCUUGAUAACCUAGGAACAUCAGUUGACCAUGAAUAUCAAGAAACAUCUAUUCCUUGGCGAAAAAUCUUGACAUCGUUACCAGUAUGGUUAACAAUUCUCUCUAAUUGGGGAGCUGUGUGGGGAUACUUUACUUUGAUGACUCAAGCUCCUGCUUAUUUCAAGUUCAUUCAUGGUUGGAGCAUUAAUAAAACAGGAAUACUUUCUGGCUUACCACAUUUCAUGACGAUGGUCUUUAGCUGGAUAUUCGCUCACUUAUGUGAUUGGUUAUUAAGAACUGAAAGAUUGUCAAUAACGAAUGUAAGGAAGCUAGCAACAUUCAUCUGUGCAGGAAUGCCAAGUCUUACAAUACUUGGAUUGAGUUUUAGUGGAUGUUAUCCAGCUUUAGCAGUUUUUUUUAUAUUAUGUGGAAUAGCUGGAGCUGGUGCUUCUUCAUCAGGGCCUUUAGCUAAUCUUGUCGAUCUUAGUCCUAAUUACGCAAGUGUUCUUCUCGGUAUUUGUGGACUUGUUGUGGACAUUGCAGGAUUUUUAUCACCAAUUGUUGUUGGAAUUUUAACAAACGAAAAUCAAACGAUUGAUCAAUGGAGAUUGAUUUUUAUUAUAGCAACAUUAAAUAUGGGAUUAAGUUGUAUAAUUUAUUCCAUAUGGGGAACAGCUGAACAGCAAACAUGGAAUCGUUAUCAAAGAGUCGUUGUGGAUGUUGAAGAUAAUAAUUUAACAAUGGAACUUAAAAAGACAGAAAAUAAUCAUAGUUAAAUGAUCUGCUAUAUACUUAAACAUGUACCGUUAUUACAAUAAUGACAAAAAGCAUUUUCAAGCUAUAUAAUAAGCAAAUUCUUUUUAUUCAUGAUACUUCUUGUAUAAAUAAUUUAAUGAAUUCAUCAUAA